AAAUUUAUACAAGGUAUGGAACAACUCAUGAAUGCGAAAGUGGAAAGCAUAGUCCAUGUAAUAUAGGACACUGCGUGUUUUGAUUUCCUUCCACCAGAAAUUCUGGUCUGUCUUUGUUGUGCGUCUUCUCCGACACGGUAACAGACUAACAUGCCAACCUUAUUCUCAAAUCCUCCAUUUCUCUGCCGACACUUGAUGCCAUGAACCUCUUUCUCCUCCAAGUGCCCAUGUUCUCCCUGUUCCUCCGCCGCCAUUUCUUCUCCACCAAGCUCCCUACCCUCUCCAAGGUCCCCACGCGCCACAGAACCUUCGCUCUCCGUGAAGCUCAGAACGCCCUCACUGACUACCUUCAUGCCACCAGGUGCUUGCCUUUUACCUAUGCAGAGCACAUUGGCAACAAAGCCCUUUGUUCCCUCAUGAGUCUCAUUGCAAAGGUAGAUUUUUCAGCCCCUACUUUCUCUAAAAGCUUUCAGAAGUUCCUUAGGUACCACCCUAUUAAUGAAUUCGAGGUCUUCUUCGAGAGCAUAGGGAUAGAGUACAGUAUGGUGUCUGAGUUGUUGCCUCGUGACAAGGUGUUCUUUUCUGAAGAUGUGAUCCUCUUUGAUGCUGCUUGCACUCUUUGUGAUUUCGGGUUUCCCUGGGAGAAGUUGGGGUUGUUGUAUAUGGCAGAAAGUUCAAUAUUUGGCAUGAAUGCUGAACAGUUGAAUAGAAGGCUUUGCGGAUUUAAAGGGUUUGGUUUUGGUAGCGUUGAGGUUAUUGGUAUAUGUUUGGCUUUCCCUUUUGUUUUACUUGAGGAAGGCCAAGUGAGAGCUGGAAGAAUUGAGCGACUGUUAAGUGAUCUGAAAUUGAUAUUUUUGGAUUUUGGGUUGGGAAGGUUUGUUGAGGGAGAUGUGGAUUCUUGGCAUGAGAUGUGUAGAAAAUUAAGGGUGUUUUAUGAUUUAGAUAGUCAGAAAGGGGAGUUAGGCGAACUAAUCGGAAGGCAUAAAAGUAUAUUUAUCGAAUAUACAGAAGAAGAGUUGGUUAAUAAAGUGGAUUAUUUCUGUAGAUUUGGUGUGAAGAAGGAUGAAGUGGCUCAGUUGAUUUUACAGUGCCCGGAAAUAUUGAAACUGGAUCUGGAGAAACCGGUAUUCAAUGUAAUGAAGCUGUUGACACACUUUGGCCUUAGCAAUGAAGAUAUAGAGGAAGUAAGUCGGAGUUAUGGUCAUGUUAUGGGAACAAAUAAAAUGGCUAAUCUUCCUAAUGUAAUGAAGGCUUUAGGCUUACAAGAGUGGUUCUUCAAGAAAAUCAAGGAUGGAAAUCAUAUGUUGUUAGCAGAUUAUAUCGCAAGAUAUCCUAAAGAAGAACAGGAUCUAGAUUAUCAAGAAAGUUUAAGGAUAAUUAGAAGUUUAAAAACACGGGUUCAUAAUAUCGGUAAAUUAAAUUUCUUGCUUGGCUUGGGCUUUGGAGAAAAUACUUUGUCCAUAAACCUUUUGAAUCAUCUUCAUGGCACUAGUACUGAGCUGCACGAAAGAUUCGAUUGCCUCCUACGUUCAAAGAUUGAAUUCUCCCGGCUCUGUAUGAUGGUAAGAACAACCCCAAGGAUUCUUAACCAAAAUUCGGAAACCAUUGAGCAAAAGGUGAAUUUCUUCCACCAGGAAAUGGGAACUACUUUAAAUCAUGUGGAAACUUUUCCAGCAAUAUUGUAUUAUCACUUAGAGGACCGGAUUAUACCUAGGUACAGAUUCCAUAAGUGGCUUUCAGGAAAAGGUCUGAGUUGUAAGAAAUAUUCUAUUCGAAGUAUGAUUGCGAACAACGAAAAGAAAUUUGUGGCUCGUGUCUUCAAAAUUCAUCCGGCUGCUCCAAAACAUUGGUUUGAGCAAUUCCGGCAUGAAAAAGAUCAUGAAAAAAUUGAGAGUUCUGAGUUACUCCAUGGCACAUGUUAAAUGCAAGACUCCUCCAAUCACUUCAAUGGAAGACUAUAUGGAAAUUCUGAAUAGCAAAUUCAUAAUAUUAUAUUCCUAUAACGAAAUUCCGAAAGUGCCCCUUAGGAGGCCUAAUCUGGCAGUGUGGAAAAUGGGAAUAUACUGAUUACCAAGAAGUGAGGGGAAUAGAAUAUACUGAUAAUAGGGUGGUGAAUGAAAUUGAAAUCAGAAUAUACUGAUCGAUACUGAUUAUGAUCAAUUGCAAAAUUUCAUUCGUAUAUAUUUUCACUUCGAAAAUUUUAUGGUGUAACUAUAACUAUAACUAACAUGGUAAAUGAUUAUAGUCUAUUUUUUAUAUAAUAAUACUUUCAUC